UUCAGUUUCGACGCGCACAUUCACAGCAGAAACUAUGCUUAGACCACGGUAUCGGUUCUGAAUUGGAUUUAAGGAAAAGUGCCAAAAUAUUAUGGCCCUGUAGAUACAAAUCUAGCCGUUUUAGUUCCCUGAGAAACCAGCAACUAAGAACCACUGAACCAUGGGGGAACCCAGGAGACCGGAUCUCAGACGUUGGCUGGAGGUCAUGGUCAAGUCCGGCACGUGCGCCGGUCUGGUGUGGGAAAACGAAUCGGAGAUGCUGUUCCGACUGCCGUGGACGCACCAGAAGAGCCGGGACUGGAAGCCGGAGGACUGUCAGAUCCUCACCGAGUGGGCCAAACACACCGGACGGUACAAGGAGGGGGACCCGCCCGACUACCCCACGUGGAAGACCCGGAUCAGAACCGCCAUCAACAAGAAUCGGGAGAUAGAGGAGGUGAAGGAGCUGCACCAGAAGGAGGGUUCGAGUCCUUAUAAAGUCUACAGGUUCCUGCCCACGUCACCGUCCAGACCCAGGUCCGAGCGGACGAGUCAGUCCCCGGUGGCCUUAGACCCGGUCGGCGGUCUCCAGCAGGGUUACCAUGGCAACACGCAAGUGGUCGAACAGCGGCUGAUGUCGGGGAGCGUGCUGAGACAUUGCCAGCCUAGCGAGACAGCUGGGGGUGUCUUGUUGGGGGGACGGGCGCAGAUUGUGCCAGAGUAUGAGGGGAGGGCGGGCACACUCUACUACAGACAGACGAGCUCUGAUGAAAUGGAUGUCUCGGAUAAUUACCAAAUUGUGAUCAAACUAGACACUAACGAGCUGCCUAGGGACCUACGCGGGCUAACAUUAAAAACCGAAGCGGGGAUUCUCAACCAAGGAAAUCCCGAAAACUAUUUCGGAAUUCCCGAAAGAGGAUAUGACAGUUUUCAAUCUAUCCCCUACGUUGUCGCGGAAUCUUUUCCCGAGGAGAAACCUAUGUCAAUAGAACCAAUAUUCAACCACGACGGGAGCUUGCCCCUAGACCUCAAGUCUGUAGAGUCUGAUAAUUUAGUACCCGUCUCGAAUGUCGGUAGCUUAGAUUCCAUCCCUUCCGCAGAAUUUCCAGAACUGCAACCAGUCAAACCGCCACAGAAAACAAUUUCUUACAUGCACGUCCAAGUUCUCUACGGCCUUCCCAGUAAAGUCGUCAACAGCACCUACGUCACCACCCAAUGCUGUCGGCUGUUCUUCGGCUCCCCAAACAGCCGACACUCGCCCUCACAGAAUGUCGGCCCUCGUCACGAAAUUCAAAUGCCGGAUUUCAACGAGCUAUCCGGGUUUGACGACACUCAGAAAAAGUACAUCAACGAAGCCUUGUUCGAGACGGAAGGAGGGGAGAUCAUUCUUACCUACAAAGACGACGACAUUUUCGCAGAACGACGGUGUCUGACCCGCGUUUUUUGCACGGACGGCGUCGCAGAAAGCGCCCCGUUAACCCGGACUAAAAAAAAUCGCCCGCCUGUUAACGCCAAAGUUUUCGACUACCGGGAAAAGUUCCAGAAAGAGCUGGAAGCGCACAAACGCGACCCCCGGAAUCCGGUGCCGAAAGAUCAUUUCAUCUUGACCUUUGGUCACGAGAUCUUGAAAAAUGACGACCAUCCUCUGCGAGUGGUGCCAGUACAGGUGGUGGUCAGGCACGUCAGGGCGGGGUUUGACCGGAUGCGGUUCAUAGACCCAGAGGUCAAACCCCCGCUGAUAUCGGAUGGUAGUUCAAUCGACAGUAAAAACUCGGUGGAGAAAUCGAUGUAGCUUUUUUGUAAUAGAAAAUCUUGUGUUUAUAAGUGUACCAAGUGGUGCUAAGCUAAAGAAAUCUUGUGUUUAUAAGUUUACAUAGCUCAUCCAAUCGAUAGAAUUCUUGUGUUUAUAAGUUUAAAUAGCGCAUCCCAUCUGUAGAAUUCUUGUGUUUAUAAGUUUACAAAGAGCACCAAAGUUAAAGAAUAAUGGAAUAAUUUGACCUAUCCACAAAGAGUGCAAACUAUAACUACACAGUAAAGGGAAGCUAGGAAAAUAGUUAGUUCUCCGCCCACACGCAUCUAAACCCCCGCCCCCCUCAACCCCUAUAACACACCAUUUCAAAAGCUCAGAAAUGUUGAUAUGAACCGAUUUAUGUAGAUCGUUUUUUAAAGGUAUUUAUGAUUGUAACCACCUUAGCACUAGACUAGGGAUUAAGUUUCCUAUAGGGAAAUCCACCCUGUGAUAUCGUGGAAUAGUAGCGGACCUUACACGUCAAUACUGCCUGUGUCAGCAGUUUUUCCGCUACACAUUUUUCAUGUGUGUCACGUGAUCCAACCCUUUGUCUUACUGCCUAAAAUAGAGCCGUGUUUUCCCCCUGAUUACACAACGAAUGUCAGCCAUAACACGUGCCGGUGGUCAUAGAAAAAACUCCCGAUGUGAUGUGGAGUUCCAAAAAUGUGGUUUAUUUUUACCGCCAGCUCCGGAAAAAAUAAGUUGGUGUCUAGUAUUGGGGAGUAACCACUAAAUAGAUUUAGGUAUACAAAUGUAACCCUACACCGUAAAAGACAGCAUGUUGUACCCAGCAUCAGAGCAGUUGUAAGAAAUUAUAAAGAAAAUCGUGCCAUGCUAACCAAGCAGCUACAGUGGUUACGUACAGUUAGCAUGGUGACAUUUCCGUGUUGGUUGUGGGAUUUCCCGUUUAGGAUACUGUCGUUUUUCUUAUAGGCGAGUUCUUUGAGGCAAGGUUUUUUUUUUCAGACGUUUUUUUCC